GCAGGCUAGCAGCUCCGGGCUGCGAGCUGGGUGUAGCUUCACGUUCCCUCCUUCCCCAGCCCAAUCCUCCUGCAUCCUCCAGCCCUCGGACGCCUGGGUCCCUGGCAGCGCCCGGAGCAGGAGCUGGGCACCGGCCCCUUCCCGGCGGGCGAGACUGAAUCAUGGAGCUUCGUGUGGGGAACAAAUACAGGUUGGGCCGAAAAAUUGGCAGUGGCUCCUUUGGGGACAUCUACUUGGGUGCCAACAUCGCUUCCGGGGAGGAGGUGGCUAUUAAGCUGGAAUGUGUGAAAACGAAGCACCCCCAGCUGCACAUCGAGAGCAAGUUCUACAAGAUGAUGCAGGGAGGAGUGGGGAUCCCCUCUAUCAAAUGGUGUGGCGCGGAGGGAGACUACAAUGUCAUGGUGAUGGAGCUGCUGGGCCCCAGCCUGGAAGACCUUUUCAAUUUCUGCUCCCGCAAGUUCAGCCUCAAGACCGUCCUUCUCUUGGCCGACCAGAUGAUCAGCCGCAUUGAGUACAUCCACUCUAAGAACUUCAUCCACCGGGACGUGAAACCUGACAACUUCCUCAUGGGCCUGGGCAAGAAGGGAAACCUGGUGUACAUCAUCGAUUUUGGCCUGGCCAAGAAAUACCGGGACGCUCGCACCCACCAGCAUAUCCCCUACCGGGAAAACAAAAAUCUGACUGGCACUGCCCGCUAUGCUUCCAUCAACACCCACUUGGGCAUUGAGCAAAGCCGCCGUGACGACCUGGAGAGUUUGGGUUACGUGCUCAUGUAUUUCAACCUGGGCUCCCUGCCCUGGCAGGGUCUCAAAGCAGCCACCAAGAGGCAGAAGUAUGAACGUAUCAGUGAGAAGAAGAUGUCCACACCCAUUGAGGUCCUUUGCAAAGGAUACCCCUCUGAAUUCUCCACGUACCUCAACUUCUGCCGCUCUCUCCGGUUCGAUGACAAGCCAGAUUACUCAUACCUGAGACAGCUCUUCCGGAACCUCUUUCACCGUCAGGGCUUCUCCUAUGACUAUGUCUUUGACUGGAACAUGCUUAAAUUCAUGCGGCCCCCUUCCAGUCAGCCCCCUGCCCUUCCCUGCGCAGCGCCCCCGGACCAAUUAGGGUGCGGCCCGGAACCCCGAGGAUAUGGACCGAGAGCGGCGGGAGCACGAGAGAGAGGAGAGGAUGGGACAGUUGCGAGGAUCUGCUACGCGGGCCCUCCCCCCAGGACCCCCUGCUGGUGCCGCUGCCAACCGCUUGCGCAACGUGGCGGAGCCGGUGGCUUCCAACCCAGCCUCCCGCAUCCAGCAAGCUGGCAAUACUUCUCCCAGAGCGAUCUCACGGGUAGACAGGGAGAGGAAGGUGAGUAUGAGGUUACACCGAGGAGCCCCGGCCAACGUCUCCUCCUCCGACCUCACAGGACGCCAAGAGGUGUCUCGGAUUUCUGCAUCACAGACAAGCGUGCCAUUUGACCACCUCGGGAAGUGAGGGGAAGAUGCCUCCGGACCAGUGUUUGCUUAGAAGAGACACGAAGCUCCCACUGCACCGACUUCUGGCCCUGGUGUCUGCCUUCCUCCCCCGUCUGCCUUCUGCCCUCUAGACCCCAUCAAGGGACCCUUUUGAGAAGAUACCACUUACCCCGCCUGGAGCCAUGCCAAGCCUCCCCAUGCUUGCCACCCCUGCACAGUGGGGUGGGGGUGAGGGCUCUCCGUCUCCUUCUCCUAGCCCAGACUGGGCUCCAGGGGUCAGGGCCCCUCUGCCCUCCCACCCCACACUGCUGUUCUCUGUGUCAAUGUUGAUCUGAGCAUCCUCUGGGUCCGAGGAGCCAACCUCUGGAUGAAGAGGAAAGGGAAGGUUUGGACAUGGCAGAAGCUGUCUGGAUUUCAUUUUGUUUUGUGAAAGUAAACUCGUGACUCCCUGAGGCCCUGACUCUGUCCGUGGGGGCUUGGGUUUCUUGGUUAGACAGGCCUCGAAGCCUCAGAAGACGCCAGCUUUCAAGGGUCACUCGUGGGGUCACUGGAUGCUUCCUGACAUCCUUGCCCCAUUCUCUCCUUAGCACUGAUCUGGGGUGUCCUGGGCCGAGCUGGGGGCCUGGGCCCCUCCCUCUCUCCCUAGCCCCUGGAGCCUGGCAGGGAAGGGAAGGCAACUGUGAGCCCAGAGCCUCAAGAGGAUUUCUAGGAAGCUGGUAGGGGGGUGGGGGUGGGGGGCAGUGGUGGAUGGCGUGGCUGUGGGUAUGUCCGAGAGUGUGACUGUGUGUGUCUAUUGGCUUUGUGUAUUCUCCAGGAUGAGCGUUGAGGGCCUGGCAGGGUCCCUGCAGGAUGCUGUGGGACAACAGGCCCCUUCUCCCCCCAACCCCUUCACACUUCAGUUUGGUUAUCCCAAUUUUGAUGCCCGGAAGGCCUCUCUCCUGGGCUUCCCAGGAAAGGAGAACCCAAGCCCUGCUUGGAUCCAGUCCUACGGUGGAACAGGGAAACGAACAUUCCCCACUCCCACCACCCUUGUUGGGGAAGAGAAGUCCUUGGGAAUGAUUAUCAGAGACAAAUGGAAAGAGUUGGUUCUUGGGUUUCCAGUGAACCAUUGGGAGCCCCACCUCUCCCUUUGUGCCCUUCCGCUGCCCUGUUACCCCAGAUGUGGGGAGAUCCAGGAGAAGAUGAAAUGCCCGGGGGGAAUUGGAUUUUUUUUUUUUAGUGCUUUCUAUUUAACACAAGUUUUUGUUUUUGUUUGGUUUUUGCUU